AUGGCUUCAGCGCGGUUUCUCCGCCCAAGUCACCUUCAUAUUCAUGGUGGUUUUACCUCUGCGCUUCCCGCCAUUCCACCCUUCUCACGCAACCGUCUUACCUCGCUCGACCGGGUUUGCUUCUUUACGAACCGGUCCCUGCCUCCUCUGUGCGCGGUGCCCAAGAUUGGUUUCUCAGCAGCAAAAGAUGAAGCCGCUUCUCAACGCAUAGUUAGCUUCGAUGAUAAUCUUAAGAGUCUUGCCCGCGAGAUGUUUGAUGUAAUGUAUAAAACCGAUGGUAUUGGUCUCUCAGCACCCCAAGUUGGAAUUAAUGUUCAACUGAUGGUGUUCAAUCCAGUGGGUGAACCUGGGGAAGGAGAGGAAAUUGUUCUUGUAAACCCAAGAGUUAGCAAAUACUCAAAGAAACUGUCAAUUUUAAAUGAAGGGUGUCUAUCAUUUCCUGGAAUAUAUGCUGAUGUGAAGCGAGCUGAAUCAGUGAAGAUUGAUGCACGUGAUGUAAAUGGAAAUAGAUUUUCAUUCUCGUUGGAUGGGCUUCCUGCUCGAGUAUUCCAGCAUGAGUUUGAUCAUCUGCAGGGGAUUCUUUUCUUUGAGAGAAUGACUGAAGAAGUUCUCGGUAAUAUCCGUGAACAGCUACAGGCCUUGGAAAUGAAGUAUGAACAACUGAUUGGAGUACCAAGUCCUGAAAAGAUACAAAACAGGAGGGAAAGAAGGAAUGCUGUCGGUUUUGGGAAAUCGUGAUCAAACCUUACCCAGUCAAUAUCAGGUACAACCAUAAGCUCAACACCUACAAAGAUUUCGAAUUCGAAACGUUUCGAGUUUGCACAAGUAUUGGCAGGGGACUGCUCUGCAAAGAGAAAGCUGGCUGAAACAUAAAACAUUCUUUUUGACGCAAGUCCUUCUGGCCCAGAAAAGUGAGAUUUCUAAUGGAUCCUAUUCGUUUCUUAGCUAUGAAAGAAAAUUCAACGAAAAUCAGAGUAUAGAAGAACAGGAGUGCUAAAAAUGAAAUCAUCCUCUCUGUCGCAUUAUCAAAGUGUUCAUUCAUCAUAUUCUGUUUAUAAAAAUACUCUUCUAAAAAUGUUAUUUGUUGUUAUUAAAUUUGGUUCCUUUUGUCAUGCAUCUAGAAAAAACAAGAUAUUCUGAGUGUUUCAAUAACAUUUAAUAUAAUGGAAAUCAGGUUUCUGAAUCUAUGAUAGGUUUAUAACACACUCAAUCAUUUGUAUUGUAAUUGAAUUAACAGCGAUAUUUGAGUUUAGCAUGAGAAGAUCUGGUGAAAGAAUAGUUGUGUAAAAGCUAGAUAUUAUGAGUAUGAAGUCGAACUCGAGAAGAUUUGUGGUAAAGACUAUCUUGUAA